AUGUCGCGAUCGGUAGAGUUAACCACCAAUGAAAAGAACUUUCUUCAUCAAGCACUAGAGAAUAAUCUUCGAUUAAAUGGACGUGGAUUUAAUGAUUUUCGAAAUUUGGAUAUUUACCUAUCGCCUACAGAAUAUGGCUACGUAGAGGUGUCGUUGGGCAAGACCAAGAUAUCUGUACGAGUUUCAGCGGACAUAGUCAAGCCAUAUGAGGACCGACCAUUUGAAGGGAUAUUCAUUAUCAAUUCCGAGAUUUCUCCCAUGGCAAGCUUGAAGUUUGAUACUACAAGGGCACAACAACAAGACGAGAUACUAAUUUCUCGAAUAAUAGAGAAAAGUAUACGUAGAUCCAAUGCUAUAGAUUUGGAGAAUUUAUGUAUUGUUGCUGGUGAAAAAUGCUGGGAAAUUACUGCUGAUUUGAAUUUCUGGAAUUAUGAUGGUAAUAUGAUUGAUUUGGGUUGUUUUGCUACAAUGUUGGCGUUAUCGCAUUUCAAGAAACCCGAUGUUUCGAUUAAUCAAGACCAAGGGAUUAUAAUUCACGACAUUGACGAACGACAACCUGUUGGGUUGAGUAUUUUGCAUAUUCCUAUUUGUUUAACAUUUUCAUUCUUCAAUUUGAGUACAAAGGAAAUGAACAUCAAGGGGGAGACAAAUGGACAAGGACAAGGAGGUUUACAAGGAGGAGGAGAAAAUGAAACUGGCAGUUUUGAAAUUUGUAUACUUGAUGCCGAUGCCACCGAGGAGAAUCUUCGAGAUGGAUCAAUCACAAUUACGUUGAAUAAAAAUAGAGAGAUUUUGCAAUUGAGCAAAAACGGUGGUGUGCCUAUUGAUGCUGAUAGAUUAAUUGAAUUGUGCUUUAUAUCUAUGGAGAAAAUCGAUCAUUUGACUGAGUUGAUUAAACAAAAGAUAAAACAACAUGAGGAAUGGAGGUACAAUCGAGAUAACUUUAAAUUAUUAGAAUCUAGCGCAGCAAGAUAA